AUGUCGGGCUCGACUUCGACAAGACCAAACGAUUUUUUCGAUUUACCGGACGAAGCAAGAGCUGAUGAUCAAUACGUCGUCGAAAAAAUUAUUGCUAAAAGACGGACUCGUAAAGGCAAAUGUGAAUAUCUGCUGAAAUGGGCUGGAUUCAGCGAUGCUGAUAAUACUUGGGAAGCUCAGCAUGAUAUUCAUCCUGAUUUAAUUGCUGAAUUUGAACGUCAGCAAGUGGAUGCUGAUACUUCGAAUCCAAUUUACUCGAUUUUAGGUGAAGAUCCACCUAAGAAACAGCGUGUAUCGCUAUCAGCUACUUCGUCAUCUUCGAAUCAUGCAGAUUCACCACCAGCGAAAAAGAAGAAAAAAACGUCAAACUCAGUUAUUGUAACACCAAAAGAUGCAAAAUCAUCACCACCAUCGCCAUCUCCACCAUUGUCCACGACGCCGACUACGACACCAGUAGCAGCAACAAACGAAGUGCGAAAAAAAGUAUUCGGUGUGGAAAAAGGUUGGCGUGUACGCGCAGUCAUCGGAGCAGCUAAGCAAAAAGAUUCAUCAGUACUCUAUGCUGUUGAUUAUGUUCAAGGCUCACCGAUCUUACGUGAAUAUGUUCCAUCAGAAAUAGCUCAUAUCUAUAUUCCACGUGAACUAAUCGAAUUUUUUCAGAAAAAAAUCGUGUGGAAUACGCCAAAAUGA